AUGCGAUCAUCUGCCGCAGAAGUCCCACUUAAGGUUAUAGAUGUUGCCAGUGAACUCGCUUGCCACCAGAUGCGCGACAUGAUCGGGUCUGAACUCGAUAAUUGCAUUGGCCUUUGGACCCAGGUGCUAUCUAUUAAGGAGAUCAUCUUAGACCUCACUUGUCCUAAUUGUCAUCCCAUCUCCACGACCGUAAUUAGGUAACAAUGGCUGGGCCUUGUUUUCGCGCGCUCUUGUUCUCACGCACUUUUCUCGCUCAUUAAGAACACAAUGGGUCAUCUCCGAGCUCACCUCGCGUAAUUACGGUCCAGGGAAUGCCGUUAUUUAUUUUUACGGCAGUGGCAUCUGGCCACACGCUUGUAUAACAGGCCACUUAAGGGAUGCGCGAGGUCAGUCGGGGUCAGCCCAGGCCAUAAUCCGACUGCGCAAUCAGAUUCAUUAAGUUGUUUACCGUGCCUGAUUGGAUUACCUUGUCGGAUUAAGACCCAUCGAGAUCCAGGAUUACACGGAAUAAACAUUAAGAACAUCUUGGCAUUAAGCGGAUCAGAUUGCACCUUCCGAUUAUUGCUGCUCACCACAUUUACUGUGUUUACUUUGGGGAUUAAUGAAGUUGAACGGUUAUUGGCCGAGAUUCGUGGUAACCGUGACAACCCGGACAGACUGUAACGCCUAAAGCAAGGAAUUGGUAGGCGGUCCCAAUUAUCUCUUUUUGUCCUCUGGCCAUGGAAUUUUAGGGGAUCGAUUUCCUUUGCGCCGUCCCUUUGUAUGUGCGAGGUAAUCAAAUGAUGCCAAUUAGAAAUCUCGGAGGAGCCCCAAAACCCGCAGCCCAGAGGAAGCCCGAGGUGCUCUCGGCUAGCAGAUGGUUCUACUCAGGAGAACAUUGUUCUUAA